AUGGCCGACUCUUUGACUGAAGAGCAGGUCUCCGAAUACAAGGAGGCCUUCUCCCUGUUCGUAAGCCAGAUCACCACCAAGGAGUUGGGCACUGUUAUGCGCUCGCUGGGCCAGAACCCCUCCGAGUCUGAGUUGCAGGACAUGAUCAACGAAGUUGACGCCGACAACAAUGGCACCAUCGAUUUCCCCGAGUUCCUGACGAUGAUGGCCCGAAAGAUGAAGGAUACCGAUUCUGAGGAGGAAAUCCGGGAAGCUUUCAAGGUCUUCGAUCGCGAUAACAACGGUUUCAUCUCGGCCGCGGAGCUGCGCCACGUCAUGACCUCCAUCGGCGAGAAGCUCACCGACGAUGAGGUCGACGAGAUGAUUCGCGAGGCGGACCAGGAUGGCGACGGCCGGAUUGACUACAACGAGUUCGUCCAGCUGAUGAUGCAAAAAUAA